AUUUUUAUUAUUUUUGUUUGUUUUGUUAUCAGUUCACCGUGUGUUCUGUAAAGUUCUGUUAUCGAUCGUGUCGUGAUCGUUUUGCAUGAUUUGCAAUUCUAAUAAUAAACCAUCAGUUCUACAUUAAUAUACACAGUUCUUAUAUGGGUUACUAAACCGACUAACUAUAGAACAUUUUCGUUUCCAGCAUUGUUAAAUUGCGUAGCGACUAGCGUCUUCGAUUGAAAAACCGGUUAUUGCAUUAUAAUUUCGACAAGAACUAUAAAUAACAAUGCCUUCUAUUGCAGGAAAAUACCAGCAUUAUAAAAAUGAAAGUAUUGAUGAUUACUUCAUUGCAGUUGGUGUCCCGUAUAUUGGACGUAAGAUGAUGGCAAUGUCAUCGCCUCUGAUGGAAAUCACUCUGGAUGGUGACAUGAUGACUAUAAAGAACUCUUCAUUGCUGAGGACUACUGAGAGCAAAUUCAAGCUAGGAGAGGAAUAUGAGGAGCAUAUGCCUAGUACUACUAUAAAAAGCAUAACUACUAUUGAAAAUGACAAUGAAAUGAUUACAAAUUCAGUAAUUCCUGAAACUGGAGACAAGUGUGCUCGCCAUUAUCUCUUUACUGAUGAUGAAUGUGUUGUAACUCUUACCCAUGACAAAGCUAAAACUCCAGGAAAGCGAUUCUUCCGACGACUGAAGUAAAAUUAUGAAGACAUCUUUUACAUCUCAUAGCUAUAGCACAGUCAUCAUAUAUUUUUGUUGCUAUAUUAUUAAGUGAAUUUUGUACUAUAUCUCUUCUUCUUGUAAUACUUUUAUCCCCUGUUGGGAUGUAGGGUUUGAAUAACGGACACAGUCUGUACUGUAUACAAUUACUUAAAUAUUAUGCUUGUACUUUGAACAGUCCACCCAUAAGACUUUUUAUACAUUAAGUUUUAUAUGAUCUAUUGCUUUUUAUUGGAAAUAAUACUUUUAUUUAGUUAA